CCGUCAGCGCUUGUUUUGCAGCUGCCACCAGACGCGCGCCGCCUGAUUGGUCCAGCGCACCUGCCCACCGCAACUUCCGGCCGCCGUCCUCGAGAACUUUACCUCCACCCUUCACCGUCCACCGCCAUCGCCAUCGCCAUCGCACUCCCCGUCGCGUCUCAGCCCACCGCGGGCCCUCGACCGCCCUCUCCGGCGACGCAAUGCCUGGCGAGCUCAUCCGGACCGUGACGGCGAGCCUGUCGCGGCCCGGCAAACGCAAGAUGGAGCGCUCCCACGACCUCUUCCUCAUCACCGACCAGGACGUCGCCUACGAGCACGACAUUCAGCGCAACCCCGGCAGCGUCAAGCCGUGGCUGGACUACUACAGCUUCAAGAAGUCGCGCGGCAGCAUCCUGGAGCAGGCCUUCGUCCUCGAGCGCGCAUGCACCACGCUGCCGCGCUCCUACAAGCUCUGGAAGCUCUACCUCGAGAUCCGCACGAAGCACCUUGAGAAGAAGAACCCCGCCAAGUACGCGCCGCACUAUGUCAAGGUCAACGCCCUGUUCGAGCGCGCCCUCGUGCUGCUGAACAAGAUGCCGCGCAUAUGGGAAAUGUAUCUCCACUUCCUCAUGCAGCAGCCUCUCGUCACGACCACCCGCCGGACCUUCGACCGCGCCCUCCGCGCCCUCCCCCUUACUCAGCACAACAGGAUAUGGGCUCUCUACCGCCCAUUUGCCACGUCCGCGUCGGGUGAGACCGCCGUCAAGAUCUGGCGGAGAUACAUGCAGAUACACCCCGAGGAUGCCGAGGACUUUAUCGAGCUGCUCAAGGACAUGCGCAAGUACACCGAAGCCGUCAGGAAGUACAUGGAAAUACUCAACAACCCGCGUUUCAAGAGCAAGGAAGCGAAGGGGCCGUUCCAGUUCUGGACGGAGAUGGUGGACCUGCUCAUCGACCACGCCAAGGACAUCGAGACAGGUGACGACAGCGGGAUUGAUGUCGAGAAGAUCAUUCGGAGCGGUAUCACCAAAUUCCCCGACCAGCGGGGUAUCCUCUGGGUCGGCCUAGCACGCUACUGGAUGAACAAGAACGAAUACGAGAAGGCGCGCGACGUCUUCGAAGAGGCCGUCACCACCGUCAUGACCGUGCGGGACUUCUCGGUCGUGUUUGACACGUACGUCGAGGCAGAAGAGACCAUGAUCGGGAUUAAACUCCAAGAGGCCGCUGCUCGGUCCGAUAAGGGCAAGGUUGACGAGGCCGCUGACGCCGACCUCGAUAUUCGGAUGGUCCGUUUCGAAUCGCUCAUGCAGCGAAGGCCGUUUCUACUCAACGAUGUCAUGCUCAGGCAGAAUCCGAACAAUGUCAUCGAGUGGGAAAAACGCGUUGCCCUGUGGGGCGACAACAAGAAGGAGGUCGUGCAAACGUACACGGAUGCCAUUGCCGCUAUCAAUCCAAAGCAGGCAGUUGGCAAGUUCCACGAACUCUGGGCCAAUUACGCGAAAUUCUACGAGGCUGGCGGCGACCUGCGGAACGCUCGCGUAAUCAUGGAAAAGGCCGUAAAAGUUCCGUUCAAGUCGGUCGCCGAACUCGCCGAGAUGUGGUGCGAGUGGGCUGAAAUGGAGCUGCGCAACGAGAAUUUCGACAGAGCGGUCGAAAUCAUGGCGAAGGCCACACAAGCUCCAAAAAGAUCAACCAUCGACUACUUCGAUGAAUCAUUAACGCCGCAACAGCGCGUCCACAAGAGCUGGAAACUAUGGAGCUUCUACGUCGACCUUGUGGAGAGCGUCAGCACGCUCGAAGAGACAAGGAAGGUGUACGAGAGGAUAUUCGAGCUACGCAUUGCGACGCCGCAGACAGUCGUCAAUUACGCCAAUCUGCUGGAGGAGAAUCAGUACUUCGAAGAGUGCUUCAAAGUCUACGAGCGAGGAUUGGACCUCUUCAGCUACCCAGUCGCUUUCGAGCUGUGGAACCUUUACCUGACCAAAGCCGUCGAUCGAAAGAUCGCCAUGGAGCGGUUACGAGACCUCUUUGAGCAAGCCGUUGAAGGAUGCCCGCCCAAGUUUGCCAAAGUGUUGUACCUAAUGUACGGCGCUCUCGAAGAAGAACGAGGCCUAGCACGCGCUGCCAUGCGGAUAUAUGAGCGGGCUACGCGUGCUGUGGCCGACGAGGACCGCAUGGAGAUGUUCAACUUCUACAUCACGAAGUCAGCGUCCAACUUUGGUCUGACUUCGACGAGGCCUAUUUACGAACGCGCCAUUUCUGCUUUGCCGGACCACGAGGCCAAAGAAAUGUGUCUCAAGUUUGCCGAGAUGGAGAGGCGGUUAGGAGAAAUUGACCGAGCACGAGCAAUCUACGGCCACGCCAGCCAAUUCUGCGAUCCGAGGACCAACCCCGACUUCUGGAAGAAAUGGGAAUCCUUUGAAGUACAGCACGGAAACGAGGAUACCUACAAAGAGAUGCUUCGGAUCAAGCGGAGUGUUCAAGCUCAGUACAAUACCGAUGUCAAUUUCAUCGCAUCUCAAGCAAUUGCUCGAGGCCAGCAGAACGGCGAUGCGGAACAUGUCAACGGCGACGCUGCCGAUACCGAAGACGCCAUGGCAGCUCUCGAACGACAGGCAAAGGCUCCACAAGGCUUUGUCGCUGCCAGCACGGGUCCGGUAGGCGGCAACAUUAAACCCGUUGAGCAAGCUCCUGCGGCGAAUCCUGACGCCAUUGACCUCGACGACGAUCUAUGAUUCACGACUCUUUGGCAGCUUAGGAUGUAGACUUGCAUUUCCCGGCGUUCUUCGGCUCUAACAACUCUAUCCUUCGGUUUUUUUUGUUUGUGUAAAUGUUCACCUCAAGCUACUAGCUCUUUUGCUUUCUAUCUCGCGCACAUAUUUUGUCGAUGGAUACCUGGAUGCAUAUUCGGCGUUUGAACUUGGUGGAUACAAAACGUAUUGUGGGCAUGGCGGGAGGGGCUAUUCUGUGAGAGAUUUGAUUUCUUUUGUCUUGGAGACUUAGGCGGGUGGCGAGACAGUGCAGCGCGGUGGAGGGAGAGGAAGGGCGUUUACCAGACCAGUCAGCGCUCCAGCUGGAUACGACGCCCUCACAUGUUUGGACGCAAGAUUUUACUAUACUCCGAUGUCACAGAAAGUUUCAUCUCACCAAAAAAAAUCAAAGCAGUGUCU